GGAAUAAUAGCAUAACCUGCCCUUUUGUUAUGAUUAGGGAGAUAAAAGACAAAAUAAAACCCCAAUAAAGUUUUUGUUUGAAGGGUUGUAAACAAGAAAGCCAACGUGGUUCAUCAACGAUCGCAUGACUGCCAACGGGCAUAACGAACACGCAGCUACAGCCAGAGACGGAGAGUCCACCAUGGAAAUGAGAUUGGUCGUGCCACCAUAAGUACGGAACGACCUGCGAAUCCUUUCCUAGCAAGGAAAAAACCUCCAUGGCAAUGGCUGCUGCAAUCACUCCUUCGUCUUCUUCUUCCUCUCGUCUUCGCCAAGCUCUGCCGGUAAAGAACCCUCCACUCUCUCGCAAUUUCCAUCUUCCGCAGUCGUUUCGCCUCCGUAGCCGGCUUCCCUCCAUCACCACCACAAUUCGCGCCGUCGCCGUCGAACAGGACUCAAGAGCACAGCUUGGUCCGAAUGAGUAUGUUGACGUAUUCGCCUGUCCAGUGUGUUAUGAACCUCUGAUAAGAAAGGGCCCUUCUGGUUUUAACUUGGCAGCAAUCUACCGUUCAGGCUUCAAGUGUACAAUAUGCAACAAAACAUAUUCUAGCAAAGACAACUACCUCGAUCUUACAGUUACUGCUGGGAUGAAGACUUACAAUGAAGCCAUGCCGAUAGGGACUGAGCUUUUCCGGAGUCCUCUUAUUUCAUUCUUGUAUGAGCGCGGAUGGCGUCAGAAUUUUAGCCGUAGUGGCUUUCCCGGUCCAGAUGAAGAGGUUUGUCCAGUUGCCUUUGCUUAUGAUCUCAUGUCAUUCUGAAUUUUCAAUUAGAGCUAGAUCUUGUAGAAACCAUUUUACAGGUAUUCAGGAUCAAAUGAGUAGCUAUGAACACCGGCUAUUGAAUGAUGAUCCAUGACUCAUCACCACGUGCUUCUUCAAUGCAGUUCAGAAUGGCUCAAGAGUACUUCAAACCAGCAGAAGGCGGCCUUCUAGUCGAUGUCAGCUGUGGCAGUGGUUUGUUUUCCAGGAAGUUUGCCAAAUCUGGAACCUACUCUAAAGUUGUUGCACUUGAUUUUUCUGAGAACAUGCUUCGUCAGUGUUAUGAUUUCAUAAAGGCAGAUGACACUAUCUCAGAAGAGAAUCUGGCGCUGGUCAGAGCAGAUGUUUCAAGGCUCCCAUUCGCCUCAGGUGCAGUCGAUGCUGUCCAUGCUGGUGCUGCCUUGCACUGCUGGCCUGCUCCUUCCAAUGCUAUUUCUGAAAUAUGUCGUGUAUUGAGAAGCGGUGGAGUCUUUGUUGGAACUACUUUUCUUCGUUACACUUCAUCAAUGCCAGCAAUAGCACGGCCUCUCAGACAGCAAUUUAUGUCGAGAAGUAAUUACUACAUAGAAGAGGAAAUUGAGGACUUGUGCAUGUCCUGUGGCCUUACAAACUAUACCAAGAAUGUUCAACGAUCCUUCAUCAUGUUCUCAGCUCAGAAGCCCUGAUUCCAGGUUUCGGUCAUUACCAUUCACUGUAUAGACAUCUCAAAUGAACAAAAGGCUGAAAUAGGCAGAAACCAGAAGACAUACACAAACAUUGCAACUGUACAAGUAAAUCAUUGAUGACAGUCUAUGACUUUGUCACACCAUGUUUCCUUCAAAAUUCUUUUCGACUGUCAUCGACACCCAGCCUUCUGCAACAAACCAAAUUUCAGGGUGAGAAACAAUCAUUCUAAUCAUAAUAUGUCUCCAGAUACCUGUGGGCGGCUAAUAGGGGGUAGCCAAAGCUUUCAACUAAGAAUCAACUGGAUUGUUCUUCCAUUUCUUUUAUCUUUCACACUCUUGUGGCUGAGAUUCAUCAGUGAAAACAACCAUGUUCUGCAAAAUUGAGAUUGCUGCAAAUUCACAUUGGCAAGAGCUCCCCCUACCCACAUGAUCUGAAGAAGGAUACAAUAUACCAUUUUGUUUUUCUGACACACAGCAGAUUGGUGGGUAUGGAGAAGUAAAAGGAAGAGAGCCCACGUAUGGCCAUGAGUGAAUGAGUAAGGAAAAAGGGUUUUGGGAUCCCCUCGUGCGGCUCACAAGCUGACUCAUCCCUCUAGCCUCCAUGUUUGUUCUCUUCUGUAGGAAAAAAAAUUAGAACCCAUCAAUUGGUUCUUUAGGUUUGUUUUUGUUUAUGGAUCUUUGACUGUUGACCAAAACGAUGCAGAAGGAGGGGGAAAAAAUGGAACAUUACAGUUCAUAAAAGGAGGAAUAUUGGCGAGCCCAAGGCACCACCACCACCUCCUUUCUACUCGUCCUUUGGCUUUAAUUUGUGGUUAAAUUUUGGAACUUUGAAAAGUUUUUGAGUGUGGCAGCCUGAAGCUGCUGCAGGUGGAGGCAUUGGAUCCUCUGCACGUGACCUUCCUCUUCAUCUUCAUCUUCUUCUUCAUCCUCAUCCUUUGUUAAAGAAACUGAUAAUUAGUAUGGCGUCUGGUGCAUUUGAUC